AUGCAAACGAUCAAGCAAAGCGAGUUACUUCAUAAAGCCCUUCAAUAUCCAUUUGACACUCAUCUCAGAGAGUAUAAAUUUGUCAUUCAUUCAGCUAGCAAUUGUGAGAAUGGGGACAUUUCUUUGAGGAAUCAAAUUAUUACUAAGAUGGAUAUGUAUUUACAUGGUUUGGUAGAAGAAGAAGAGAUGUACCGUACAUUAUGUUUAGUGCAGUACUUAAUAGAACACAAACAAUUUGAAAAGCGAAUCUGUUAUACUAAAUUCUAUGGGAUAUUUCAAAUCCUUAUCUUUAUCUUUAGUUUUAAGAAAAUCACCACGAAAAAUUUGGUCUUUUUAAAGGCAGUCGAGUUGGCGUAUCAGUGGUCUCAAAGAAAAGAAACGGAAAUUUACAUUCAUAUCUUCAGAAAAAUUUGUGUAAAACUUGACGACUGUAAAAAUCUGAGGGCACAAGAACUUAUCCAGUCGUGUAUUUGUUGUAGUGUCGAGAAAAGUCCAGUGGCACUCUACCAACAGAGUGAAGACUGUGUCGAUAAACUCAAACCGUCAUUCUUAAAAACAUUGAAGUUCCGCACAUUCAAUAAAUUGUACAAAGAUAGCGAUCUCAACUACUCAGAGUUGAGUGAGUAUUAA